CCAUUAUCCCAGCAAGGCCGGCGAACACCGACAGUCGCCGUCAGACUCCGAUAGAAAACUAGUCCUAAACAGCCCGUCUUUCGAAAAAGCCAAAAACUUAUAUCCAAUCUCUUCAUCUAACAAUUCCAACGUACGAGACUUCUUACUUCUUCAUAUAUCAAACACCAUGUGCAAAUCUCCCACUCACACGUUCUUAGCGGACCUCCCAAAAUGCGAACAUCACCUCCAUCUAGAAGGCUGCCUCAGUCCAAGCCUUCUAUUCACUCUAGCGUCUAAGAACAACAUCACCUUGCCAUCGCCAUCUGAGGAUGUCUCUUACACGUCUCCUGCAACACUCACCGAACGCUAUUCACAUUUCACGAACCUCGAUGAUUUCCUGGCGUACUACUACCGUGGCAUCGCAGUCGUAGUGCACCAAGAGGAUUUUGAGAUGCUUGCAUGGGAGUAUUUCACCACUGCAGCCAAGGACGGAGUUCGUCAUGCGGAGGUUUUCUUCGACCCGCAGAGUCACACGGAAAGAGGAAUUGAUUUUGAUGUUGUGGUACGUGGCUUCAACGCUGCAAGAGUACGGGCGGAAAAAGAGCUGGGAAUAACGAGUUGUCUGAUUAUGUGUUUUUUGAGGCAUCUACCUGCUAGUUCCGCGGCGGAGACCAUGGCAUUGGCCGUCAAGGGCGGACACUUUGAUGUUAAGAGCGACAGCCAGGAGCGCGCUAUUACUGGACUUGGGCUGGACUCGUCAGAGGUUGGAUUCCGCCCAGAACUCUUUGUGGACAUGUAUCGCGAGGGCGAAAAGAGAGGUCUACGGAGGACAGCUCAUGCGGGUGAAGAGGGUGACCCAACUUACAUUAGCGGAGCACUUGAUGCGUUACAAGCCGAACGCAUCGACCACGGCAUCCGCCUCACAGAAGAUCCCGAACUGCUUAGCCGAGUGGUAAAAGAGGAGGUACUAAUGACGGUUUGCCCUUUGAGCAAUGUCUGCCUCCAGGCUGUGGAGAAGGUCAGCCAAGUGCCAAUCAAGACAUUCCUCGAUGCAGGUGUAAAAUUCAGUAUCAACAGCGACGACCCAGCGUACUUUGGUGGAUACAUAUUAAACAAUUAUUGCGCGGUGCAAGAGGCCUUCAACUUAAGCAUGGAGGAAUGGAGGACAAUCGUUAGCAAUUCGAUUCACGGCAGCUGGAUAGGAGAGAAGCGAAAGUCUGAACUAUUGGGCCUGCUCGACGCUUGCAUGGACAAGCAUGCUUAGAUUCGUCUUGAACUACGAAGCUUUUCGUUGGAGAAAGGCCUGGCCAUCGGGCUAUGACGAAGGUCUUUCUUUGAAUUGUACUUGAUACCAAAAAGUAUCCUGGAGCUACUUGCUGUAACUCUAUCAAGAUACCUACGAAAGAAGACAGUAUAUACUAUCAAGGGUUGACAUGUUGUAUAUAUGUGACACUUGAAGUCACAGAACAGACUCUUUUACACAUCCGGCACAAGUUGAAAAGAACAAGCAUCUUCGUAGUAAGAGGAGUGGC